AUAUGUUUGUGAUACUGGACAUGGGCAUGGGCAUGGGCAUGGGCUUAUCCUACACGUAACCCCGCGAAAAUUUUGGAAUCUUCCAACCCCAAUACUCAGAUAAUAUCAUCCCCUUCAUCGAAUUCGAACCGCCUUAUUUCUCUUUCCGUCUCUCCAACUUAUUUCUAAUCUAUUCAGACCGUAAAUUAAUUUCAUCUCUCUGUUCUCUCUCCCCUUUUUUCCUAUUCUUUCUUGCAUUAUUGGCAGAUCCUCUUUGUUCUUUUUGUUUUUCUUGGGUCAAAUAGGCGUGGUUUGAUGUUGGUUCUCAUUGGUUAGUUAUAAAAGUCGUGUUUUUUUUUUUUUCCCUGUCGGAAAGUCAAGCAUGGAAGUCGCGUAUCAUGAGGAGUACGUAAAGAAUUCCAGAGGAGUGCAGUUAUUCACUUGCAGAUGGCUGCCCUUUUCUUCUCCAAAAGCUCUUGUUUUUCUUUGCCAUGGUUAUGGCAUGGAAUGCAGCAAUUUCAUGAAAGGAGUUGGGACAAAGCUUGCAAGCAACGGGUAUGCCGUUUUCGGAAUUGACUAUGAAGGCCAUGGGCGGUCAAUGGGUGCUCGAUGUUACAUCAAGAGGUUUGACAACAUCGUUCUUGAUUGCAAUGACUAUUUCAAGUCUAUUUGUGCUCGGGAAGAGUAUAGGGAGAAGAGAAGAUUCUUAUACGGAGAGUCGAUGGGAGGGGCAGUGGCCCUUUUAACACACAAGAAAGACCGUAUUUUUUGGCAUGGUGCUGUUCUAGUUGCCCCGAUGUGUAAGAUCUCGGAGAAGGUGAAGCCGCAUCCCGUGGUCAUUAGUCUGUUAACUAGGGUCGAAGAUGUAAUACCGAAAUGGAAGAUUGUUCCUGCCAAGGAUGUCAUCGAUUCAGCCUUCAAGGACCCUAUUAAACGAGAACAGAUUCGUGGGAAUAAAUUGAUAUAUCAAGAGAAGCCAAGACUGAAAACCGCACUCGAAAUGCUCAGAACCAGCAUGAACCUCGAGGACAGUUUAAACGAGGUGACAGUGCCGUUUUUCGUUUUACACGGCGAAGCAGAUACGGUGACGGAUCCAGAAGUGAGCAGAGCACUGUACGAAAAAGCCAGCAGCACAGACAAGACCAUAAAACUGUAUCCCGGGAUGUGGCACGGACUGACAGCUGGCGAACCUGACGACAACAUCGAGAUUGUUUUCUCGGAUAUUAUUUUGUGGCUUGAUAAGCGUGCAGAAGACAAUGGCAGCAGUAAUCAAUCCAUGAAACCAAUCAAGAAUCCUAAUCCUGCUCCGAUUAUGAUUAUGCCUGAAGGGUUAAGCGCAAGGGCAAAUAGGGAAAAAACAGAUAGAAAACGGUCGAAUUCGAACUAUUUAUGUGGGUGGAAGGGUCGUGGAUUAUACCAUCAUUCGGCUAUGUAGACGAAUUGAUCAUAUCUUAUGUUUUUUGUUCAUUCAUGUGUAACUGAUCAAGUAUUAUCAGAACAAAAAUAAUAAGGAAUAAUUUAAUCAAUCUUCAAUUUUCUUUUAG